GCAGGUAUUAAGCGGAGCGGAGUCGCUCGCCACCCGAGCUGGUGCUUCUCCGCGACCCAGCGCCCGGCCCGCCGCCCAGAGGAGCCGCGUCUCCGCCCGCGCCCGCGCCCGCCGCGUCUCCGCGUCUCCGCCUCUCCCGCUGUCUUCUUGUCAGUCCGAGUCCGCCGUCCAGCCCCCGACACCCAGCAUCAUGAACCAGGUCGAGCCCGGCGUGCAGUACAACUACGUGUACGACGAUGACGAGUACAUGAUCCAGGAGGAGGAGUGGGACCGCGACCUGCUGCUGGACCCCGCCUGGGAGAAGCAGCAGCGGAAGACGUUCACUGCCUGGUGUAACUCCCACCUCAGGAAAGCUGGCACCCAGAUCGAGAACAUCGAGGAGGACUUCAGGAACGGCCUGAAGCUCAUGCUGCUGUUGGAAGUCAUCUCAGGGGAAAGGCUGCCCAAACCUGACCGAGGAAAAAUGCGAUUCCACAAAAUUGCCAAUGUCAACAAAGCCUUGGAUUACAUAGCCAGCAAAGGCGUGAAACUGGUGUCCAUCGGGGCCGAAGAGAUUGUCGACGGCAACGUGAAGAUGACGCUGGGCAUGAUCUGGACCAUCAUCCUCCGCUUCGCUAUACAGGACAUCUCAGUUGAAGAAACCUCUGCCAAAGAAGGCCUGUUGCUGUGGUGCCAGAGGAAGACGGCUCCCUACAGAAACGUGAACAUUCAGAACUUCCACACCAGCUGGAAGGAUGGCCUGGGACUCUGCGCGCUCAUCCACCGGCACCGGCCCGACCUCAUUGACUACUCAAAGCUGAACAAGGAUGACCCAAUAGGAAAUAUUAACCUGGCCAUGGAAAUUGCCGAGAAGCAUCUGGAUAUUCCCAAAAUGUUGGAUGCUGAAGACAUUGUGAACACCCCCAAACCGGACGAAAGGGCCAUCAUGACGUACGUGUCCUGUUUCUACCAUGCUUUCGCGGGCGCGGAGCAGGCCGAGACAGCGGCUAACAGGAUAUGUAAGGUUCUUGCUGUGAAUCAAGAGAAUGAGAGGCUGAUGGAAGAAUAUGAGAGGCUAGCGAGUGAGCUUUUGGAAUGGAUCCGCCGCACGAUCCCCUGGCUGGAGAACCGGACGCCCGAGAAGACCAUGCAGGCCAUGCAGAAGAAGUUGGAGGACUUCCGGGACUACCGCCGCAAGCACAAGCCCCCGAAGGUGCAGGAGAAGUGCCAGCUGGAGAUCAACUUCAACACGCUGCAGACCAAGCUGCGGAUCAGCAACCGGCCCGCCUUCAUGCCCUCGGAGGGCAAGAUGGUGUCGGACAUCGCCGGGGCCUGGCAGAGGCUGGAGCAGGCGGAGAAGGGCUACGAGGAGUGGCUGCUGAAUGAGAUCCGGAGGCUGGAGCGUGUGGAGCACCUGGCCGAGAAGUUCCGGCAGAAGGCGUCCACGCACGAGACCUGGGCCUACGGCAAAGAACAGAUAUUGCUGCAGAAGGAUUACGAGUCGGCGUCGCUGACCGAGGUGCGGGCCCUGCUGCGGAAGCACGAGGCCUUUGAGAGCGACCUGGCGGCGCAUCAGGACCGUGUGGAGCAGAUCGCGGCCAUUGCGCAGGAGCUCAAUGAGCUGGAUUAUCAUGACGCUGUGAAUGUCAACGAUCGCUGCCAGAAGAUCUGUGACCAGUGGGACAGGCUGGGCACACUGACGCAGAAAAGGAGAGAGGCCCUGGAGAGAACUGAGAAGUUGCUAGAAACCAUUGACCAGCUUCACCUGGAGUUUGCCAAGAGAGCUGCUCCUUUCAACAACUGGAUGGAAGGCGCCAUGGAGGACCUGCAGGACAUGUUCAUCGUGCACAGCAUCGAGGAGAUCCAGAGCUUGAUCACCGCCCACGAGCAGUUCAAGGCCACGCUGCCGGAGGCGGACGGCGAGCGGCAGUCCAUCAUGGCCAUCCAGAACGAGGUGGAGAAGGUGAUCCAGAGCUACAGCAUCAGGAUCAGCUCCAGCAACCCCUACAGCACCGUCACCAUGGACGAGCUCCGGACCAAGUGGGAGAAGGUGAAGCAGCUCGUGCCUAUCCGGGAUCAGUCCCUGCAGGAGGAGCUGGCCCGCCAGCACGCCAAUGAGCGCCUGCGGCGCCAGUUUGCCGCUCAGGCCAAUGCCAUCGGGCCCUGGAUCCAGAACAAGAUGGAGGAGAUCGCCCGGAGUUCCAUCCAGAUCACAGCGUCCCUGGAGGACCAGAUGAAUCAGCUGAAGCAAUACGAGCACAACAUCAUCAACUACAAGAACAAUAUCGACAAGCUUGAGGGAGACCACCAGCUCAUCCAGGAGGCCCUGGUCUUCGACAACAGACACACGAACUACACCAUGGAGCACAUUCGUGUUGGAUGGGAGCUGCUGCUGACGACCAUCGCCAGAACCAUCAACGAGGUGGAGACGCAGAUCCUGACGCGGGACGCUAAGGGCAUCACCCAGGAGCAGAUGAACGAGUUCAGAGCCUCCUUCAACCACUUUGACCGGAGGAAGAAUGGCCUGAUGGAUCACGAGGAUUUCAGAGCUUGCUUGAUUUCCAUGGGCUAUGAUUUGGGCGAGGCCGAAUUUGCCCGCAUCAUGACCCUGGUGGAUCCCAACGGACAGGGCACUGUCACCUUCCAGUCCUUCAUCGACUUCAUGACCAGAGAGACGGCCGACACGGACACGGCUGAGCAGGUCAUCGCCUCCUUCCGCAUCCUGGCGUCCGAUAAGCCCUACAUCCUGGCGGAGGAGCUGCGGCGCGAGCUGCCCCCGGACCAGGCGCAGUACUGCCUGAGCCGCAUGCCCGCCUACAAGGGCCCGGGCGCCGUGCCUGGCGCGCUGGACUACGCCGCCUUCUCCUCUGCGCUCUACGGCGAGAGCGACCUGUGAGCCGACGCUGCCCGCCCGGACCCGCGCCCGCGCCCGCGCCCGCCCC